AAGUACGUACCGUACUACUGUGAGUGUGGACAUAGAUCAUUAGUCGUCCAUCUUUUCGUUCCGUUCCGAUUGCUUCGAUUCCGAUUUGCAUGCAAUUGAUGUGUUGCCAGUAAACGAGAAACCAAUGAAAGGGGAAAAGGAUUCAUUCUACUAAUCAAUUCAGUGUUGCUUCGCUUGAAUUCGAGAGUUUAGAGUUGAUUGUUUGGAUGAGCAUCGGUAAACCGAAGCCCAAGAUUAGUUUACCGGCAUUGACGGUUCUGUUGGUUCUGGCUCUGCUGUUUCCAUUCUGCGGUUCCUUGUCCCUUCGGCCAACGAAACUGUUCGAUCCAUACCAAACGCURAACUCGCAGCUUUUCGAGGAAUCGACGAUUCGGAGYCACCUCUCCGUUUCGACCCAACURCAAGCAGCGGCAUCCGCCGACAAGGACAACGGAGAAAAWAACAACGUCAUGAACGAACAGUCGCAGCAACAGCAACAACCACUUCCGGGAGGAGWWGAGUCCCCGCUAUUCUCGGUAGGAAUGAUUGCCGACAUCCAGUACGCCCCGAUYCCRGAUGGUUUUUCGUACACGGGCACACCGCGGUAUUAYCGGCACUCGCURACGGCCACCAAGCACGCCUUUGAAACMUUUUGYGGGAAUGGGGGAACCAGGGGYGUCGAUCUCGUAGUCAACCUCGGCGACAUUAUCGACGGGAAAUGCCUCGACAUCGCCGGCAACGGGGGGGAAGGUUUUCCGACGGAAGAACCGCACCACCCGGGGAUSCUCUCGCUGUCAGAAGUUGAGGCCGCUAUGGAGCCCUAUUCCGGAACUACCACCGAGCAAAAGRUGAAAAUACUUCACUCGUACGGAAACCAUUGCUUGUACAACCUGAACAGGACCGAGCUGCGGGAGAAACUGGGCAUACCCUUUCGCUCCGAAGCAGCACACAGYGACACUAACGUYAGCGUCAACGUCCAUGGGAAUAGCACAAUAGCCCGCAGCGAUGAAGACGACACCGGUGACAACGACGGAGACCUCGUCGGGUAUUAUUCUUACGUGCAUCCACCUCURCAACCACAACAAAGCAGCAUCAAGUUUCUGGUUCUCGACGGAUACGAUAUUUGCCUCAUGAGGCGCUGCCCCAAGCACUCGGCCAAGCGAAAGGCCGCCCUGGAGAUCCUGCAGCGCGAAAACGGAGUCAAUCUCGGGGCGGGCAACGAAAACUCUCCGGAGGGKCUCGAGGGGCUGCAAAAACGAUUCGUGGCCUUCAACGGAGCCGUCGGGCCCGCCCAGCUGGAAUGGCUCAGGGACGAGCUGGAGGCCACGCGAAAGGCCAACCACAACGGGGGUGGCGAUCAAAAAGUCAUUGUUCUUUCCCACCAGCCCAUCCAUCCGGGCUCGUCCAACCCUGUCUGCCUUAUSUGGAACUACGACGCCGUCCUGCAAACAUUGCGGGAGUACUCCGACGUGGUGGUGGCCUCCUUUGCGGGACACGCCCACAAGGGUGGGUACGUCCACGACGAAGACUCCGGGAUCCACUUCCGCGUCGUUGAGGCCGURCUGGAAUCCAAGCCACCCACCACCACCUUUGGAAUCCUGAAUGUUUAUGGGGAUCGCCUUGAGCUGGAGGGCCAUGGAGACUGUGCCUCGGCCGUGUACAAAUACAAGACCAUAUAAUGAAUCGAUUGGUCUACUGAUCUGUUCAGGGCCCUUUGCAACUACAACAGAGCACGAAUGAUAGCUCUCAAAACAAAGCAUUAGGCGAGUA